AUGAGAUCAGCAGGUUAUGAAACACCAGGAAAAGUGCAGAACAACUCUGUCAGCAGCUCGAAUACCUCCCCAUUAGCCCAGCUGUACCGAAAUGGAUCCCCAGCUAGUUCGGAGUUAAGUGAAGUUGAUGCUCUUAGAAAUAGGAUCCAAGAAUUGGAGACCCAAUUAAAGGCUGAGCAAUUAUCCAAAUGGAGUAGACCAAAUGCCAUUGCAUUAACAACUUGGCCAAGAGGAUCUAACCCGGCACCAGGUCAAACGAAUUUCAAUUACAGUUUUACCAAUGGUGAGCCAUUGCCUUUGUCAAACAGACCAUUUCCGUAUAUGCUUUUGAUGAGACGUGAUGGGGGUUCUAAAUUGUUGUUUAAUUUAUUUGCACGAGAUGGCGAAAAAGAUGGUCAUUUGCUAACCUCGUCUAUUUUGCUUUGUGAACUUGAUUCUGUUAAAUCUGCAGAGAUCAAAGAAAAGUCACGAUUGGUUCUUGGUGAUUAUCAUAUUCCACGAUCAGGAGAAGAAACUACAAACACAGAAGAAUUGAAAAAGAAGUUGGCAUUGAAUCAUUACGGAUUGCAAUUCACUGGGCCGGACGUGGACUUGAGGGAUCCCAUAGCUUGUUAUUUUAGCUUGAUUCCUCCUGCGUGGGUGUGUAAGAAGUUGCUCGAUAUGUACUUUAAAAAGUUGUACUUAUUCAUGCCAAUUAUUGAUGAGCAAGACUUUAGGGCAGCAUUGAGCAGAAUUUUGGGACCUCAAAUUAAUGAUGAUUAUAUCAACACCUUCCCCAACGUGGAUUCGUCUGACGACUUGGCAACUUUGGUGAUAUAUUUGAUUAUACUUAGGUCGACUUAUUUGUCUUUAUGGGACUUGAAUGGGAAAAGUCCGUCGACCCUUAGUCAGCACCCCGUGACAUAUGAUGCCGUGAGAGCAGCAGAGACAAUCAUGAAGGAGUUUGAUUUGACUUGCCGACAAAGCUUGACGGUGGUACAAGCAGGGCUAAUGUUUCGAUUCUACGCCAUUGUUGCACCAGAAGCAUUCUUUACCGGGAGUGCCGCCCAAGUGAAACUGGGUCCUAUUAUUCAACUUUGUUAUGCCCUUGGAUUAAACAGAGAUCCAUCUUGUUUUGAUGGUCAAUCACCCAAGAUGCAAAACUUGCGUCGAAAAAUAUGGCACUUUGUGGCUCGAACGGAACUCGCUUGUUCGGCAAUUUUCGGAACAGUGUUAUCGACCGAUGUGCAUACAUACGACUGUCCAUUACCAGAAUUUCUGGCUGAUGCUGCCAACUGUUUUGAUCUCAAAUUAGAACAGGCAAUCAUUGACUCAUUUCGGUGUGGCAACGAUGUUUACUUAUUGUGCAGAAAAUUGGUGGACUAUCAUUUGAUCGCAAGUGAUAUGUUCCCGGUAGAGCUGGUGAUUAGGUUGCUCGAGAAUUUGGAGACUGUGAUAAUCAAAACGUGUGGCAAUGUGAAACCAUUAUUCAAUGAGCCACUUGUUGGUUUCAUGGGUGUUUUCAAGAUGCAAGUUUACCUGGAGAUGAAGCUUUUCAUGGCUUACACGUAUUAUUGUCUACACUUGUACUAUGAGAGCCAAGAGAAUCAUCUUUUGCUGUCAAAGUAUUUUCUUAAAACGACAACUAUCUUGCUACAAGAUUUGGGCGAUUUGAAUACAUACAUUUUCCUGAGUGUCAAUUCAAGUAGCAAUGUGUUGCUAGUGGCUAAAUUGACCGAGUUUUACUUGCAUUUAACCUUGAUGGUAUUUACCGGUAUCCGAUUGAGAUUGAAAUGCUAUAUGAAAUUGAAAUUUGCCAAUUCAGAAAAGGAAGAUAAAGAUCUCGAAUAUGAAAUACUCGACAAAUUAGAGAAUCAAUUGAAAAUGUAUACACAUGCUCAAGGGGUCAAACUUGGUGAAUUAGCAAAGAAAUAUAGGUACUCGCUAAUGUUAAGGGGAGUCCACAUGAUAACUAUAAAAUUGUGUGACCAAUUCCAGUACUUGUAUGAAGCCAAUGAUGCUCAAUCGAUUAGAGAAGCAGCUAUAAAGUUGCCACUAGAAGUAUUGCAGAAAUUUAGUCAAAAGCUUGACGUCUACCAAUUGGCAAAGACUGGCGAGUUAUUUGACUUUAGCGAUGAAGGUUUGAUUGUUGAAAUGAAUAGGCGAAAUCUUUGGGACCAAUUGAAAACAAUUGAAACCGAAGAGACGGUUACUAGCACAUGGAUUGAGAAGACGAAGAAAUUCAACAAAUUUGCUGAGGAUAUGAAGCUUGGAUUGAGUUACAACCUCGGGUUUGAUUUGCCCGUUAUUGGGCCAAAUUUAUUUUCAAAUUGA